UACUCGGUUGACAUAAAUCCGCGCUCGUUCCGGUGUUGGACAUAAGUGGUGGUUUAACAACGCCAGAGGAUAGGGGUAGUGAAAGGCCUUUCGCCAUUCUCUCUGAAGAGUGGACAAGUGGUUCUACUUUAAAGCUUCAAUUUAAUGGUUAUUUGAGUUGGAGAAGUGAAUCUCAAGCACACUCGUGGGAGUUGGAGCCAAUUUGAGCAUUGGUCUUUGUAGGCUCAGUCCAUGUGCUAGAUAGUACGGAGUGAAAGACGAAAAGAUGAAAAUUUAAGUGUCUUUACCAGCGCAUUUCGGAUAUUUCGGAAUAGUGCCCCACCGGAGGGAAUUGCUGUUUGUGCUGAUAUACUACUGUGAUUGUUAGAAGUGACGAAUGUGUGAAAGGCAAGACAAACAGUGAGUGGAAGGGUGCUAAAAAAGGGGCGAAAGAACCCUUUUAAAGUGAACAAUGUUACUGCGGUUGGCGUUUAUCCUCUUGUGGUUUAUGGAGCUUUCGGGUGCUGGAAUGCCAUCCCCUUUGUCGACGUUGGGAUUGUCCUCGGGGGAGUACUUUGAGAAUUUCACCCGUGGUCCGGAGUUUGCAGCGAGAAGUAGGAUUCUGCGAAGCAUAGAUAAAUCGGUCCUGUUGGUAAAUGAAACGAAGGUGUUGAAUAGAAAUUCCAUUAAUACGGUUUUCGAACGAACACGACCAGCCACCGGGAAGAAACGUUCGCGAGAGAUCUCCAUACUGGGGCUGUUCGAGUUGAGCACCCGGCACGGGAUCCGAAAGGAAGGCUACAGUGAACUAGCAGCUGCUCAACUAGCUGUUCAGCAUAUCAACCGAAGGGGGAUGCUGUUGGGAUACACACUGAAGCUGCUAACGAAUGAUACAAAGUGCGAUCCGGGCAUUGGAAUUGAUCGCUUCUUCCACGCUCUCUACACCCAUCAGGAUAAACGGAUUAUCAUGGUGCUAGGAUCUGCUUGCUCGGAAGUCACCGAAAGCCUAGCCAAGGUCGUUCCAUACUGGAACAUUGUGCAGGUUUCCUUCGGUUCAACGUCACCAGCGCUGAGCGAUCGUCGUGAGUUUCCUCUAUUCUUUCGGACGGUAGCACCGGAUUCCUCGCACAAUCCCGCCCGAAUUGCCUUUAUCAAACACUUUGGCUGGGACACGGUAGCCACCUUCUCGGAAAAUGAAGAAGGUCACUCGCUGGCAGUGAACGACCUGGUAACCGAGCUCGAACUGGCCAACAUCACCUGUGCCGCCACGAUUUCGUUUGCCGAAACUGAUUUCAAGGAGCAGCUCAAAUUGCUACGGGAUAAAGACAUCCGAGUGAUUAUUGGAAGUUUUUCUCAUGAAAUCGCUCCGAAGGUAUUUUGCGAGGCCUACUACUUGGGUAUGUUUGGAACUGAAUAUGCGUGGAUACUUCAAGAUACACAUAUUUCAUUUUGGUGGCUUGUGCAGAAUCCCGCAUGUCCAUUGCCGAUUCUGCUGAAGGCAGUCGAAAACGUUCUGCUCGUGUCCAGCUAUAACAGUAUCGUUGGUAUGGGGACAGCCUUGAGUGGACUGACAAAUGACAUUUUUCUCCAGAAAUUGUCAGACAUGAAUGUAACGGAUUCGGUAUCGCAAUUCGCUCCACAGACUUACGAUGCGGUGUGGGCCAUCGCGUUGGCUCUGCGUGGUGCCGAACGUACAUGGACACAGGUGGCUCAUCUAAACCGAACACGAUUGGCUCACUAUGACUAUACCCGCUUCGACAUGGCCAAAGAACUUCUCCACCAGUUUGAUAGCCUGAAGUUCAACGGUAUUUCCGGUCCGGUUUCAUUCGACGGUGCCGAUCGCGUUGGAACGACUUCGUUUCAUCAGAUUCAAAAUGGUGCACUGCAGUUGAUCGCAUUUUACUACCCGAAGAACAGUUCGCUGGAUUUCGGAUGCCCCAAGUGCGGAUCGGUGGAGUGGGAAUCCGAACAGGUGCCGAUUGCGAAGCGAAUUUUGAGACUGCGCGUUGACACUAUUUCGCCGUUGGCGUUCUACGCGGUAGUGGUUUUAUCCAUGGUUGGGAUUGGAAUUUCGCUGUUAUUUCUUGGGCUGAAUUUACACUUUCGAAAGCUAAAGGCCAUCAAGUUAUCAAGUCCAAAACUGAGCACGAUCACAGUCGCCGGCUGCAUUUUGGUAUACAUGGCAACGAUCUUACUCGGACUGGACCAUUCUACGCUUCCAUGGUCAUCGGUGACCUUCUCGACGAUCUGUAUGGCAAGGAUCUAUUUUCUUUCGGCUGGAUUUUCGCUCGCGUUCGGAUCCAUGUUUGCGAAGACAUUCCGCGUUUAUCGAUUGUUCACCCACAGUGCCGGGGGAUUGUGUAAGGAUAAGAUCUUGAGAGACACUCAGUUGAUCUCGGUGAUUGGUGCACUGCUACUGUUGGAUGCCUCUGUAGUUUCGUUUUGGAUGGCGGCGGAUCCUAUGGAGCGACACUUGCACAACUUGACCCUGGAGAUUAGUUCCACUGACAGGACUGUAGUGUACUUGCCUCAAGUUGAGCUAUGUCGAUCGAGGCAUUAUGAGAGUUGGCUUGGGAUGUUGUAUGCCUACAAGGGACUACUGCUGAUCGUGGGUGUCUACAUGGCCUGGCAGACUCGGAAUGUAAAAAUACCCGCUUUGAAUGAUUCACAGUACAUCGGAAUUUCGGUGUACAGUGUAGUGAUCACCAGCGCUAGCGUAGUGGUUUUGGCAAACCUUCUGUACGAGAGGGUAACGUUGGCCUUCGUGAUCACGGCAGGAUUCAUAUUAAUCUCAACGACAGCCACACUAUGUCUGCUGUUUCUUCCAAAGUUGAAAGACAUUUUUGAAAAGGGUGAAGUGUACGAUCCGGUGAUCCAUAGCAUGGGACUUAAAAUGGAAUGCAAUACCCGACGGUUUGUGGUAGACGAUCGACGGGAGCUUCAGUUUCGAGUGGAAGUUCAGAACCGUGUCUAUAAAAAAGAGAUCGAGAUCCUGGAUGUGGAAAUCAGUCGAUUGGAGAGACUUUUAAGCGAAAAAUCUUCCCGAUCGUCUUCACGAUCGUCGGACCCGAAUAUCAAGCCAAUGGUAUUUCAGGAAAAUUUCAGUAACAAUUCGUCGAAAAAUACCAGUGCAACCGGUGGCCUACCAAUGUUGUUACUAUCAGUCCUACCACCGAUCAUACCGCGGGCGAGCUGGCCCUCGGUUGAUCCUAUGCUAUCGCCAAUGAAACGCAAUGUUACGUUUAGUUCUCAACCACAGAUCGAAACGGGUCGAGAUCGAUUGGGAUUGUCAAGAUUCCGAUCAUGCAGUGUGGAGGAUAGUGGAGGAGUACUGAAUCGAAUCCGGAAUCUGUUUGGAGCACGAUUACAUAAAACGACAUCGGUUGUUGGAGGGUUAAAUGUUGCAACCGUACUGCCAUCUAAACUAACGAUCUUUGCUGAAGUGGAUGCAGAGGAUGAAAUCUCUUCGUUGGGUGAUCGUAGCCGAACAGAUAUUUUUACGAUCAAUAAGCCAUCAGACGAAGACCUGCGCUUAACGGGAUCUGAACCGAGGGUGAACUUUGUGCUACCUUCAGCAGGUGCUGGUAAUAGGCGAUCGUCAAUCGCUCCAACGUUACGGGAAAAGAUCAAGGGAUCACCAAGGUUUCCCCAUCGCGUUUGUCCGACCAGUAGCAUGACAGAACUGGCGAUUGAUCGUCCGAAAAUCAGCUUUCUGACAGUAAAGAGUUGUGAGAUGUUGCAGGGAAAUAAUCACGAUCCAAAAAUGAAGUGGAAAUCGAUGGAUUCAUUCUCGAAAAGUGUUGGUCAAUGUUGAGGAUGGAGGAGGAUGAGCGAUUAGACAGAUGACCAAUAACCAAAUAUGUCGGGUUAACAUUAGUCAAUAGAUCAUUACAAAUGAGUGCUGUGUUCUGUAGAGCAAUAAAGUCAAAGCGAAGG